AUGGGAUUGAUAUACGCACACGGACGGAUGCCUCAGACUGGGAUCGUCUGGUUGACGAUCGAGCACCGACUCCAGUCGCGCCCAGCAUACCAGAUGAAGAAGUCGAAAUCCUACACACUGGAGGCACCCGAUGGCGGCUGGGGAAUCCUCGUCUGCAUUGGCAUGGCCCUGCCUUUUGUAAGUACUAACGCAGGGAACUCAAUCGGCCAAGAAAUGCAAAGUCAGUGGGUAUCGAGGUGGUUCUUAAGUGAAUGGAAAAUAGUUUAAAUAAAAUUCAGAGUAAACUUUUUUUUUCUAGAACUAAUGAUAUAAUGGCAUAAAUAAAGAACGCAAUUAGCAUAAAUUCAAACGAUUACUUACAGACAAGUGCCCUUGCGGCUUUGCCAUCGUUUGGCCUGGUCUUCGGCGAGUUCCUGAAGAGCAUUGGAGCGGAGACGAGUGCCAUGGCCAUCAUAACGAGUGCCUUCUUCUCGUCGAUGAGCUUCGCCGGCCUGUUCUCCGGCUCCCUGUUCCAGCGCUUUGGAAUGCGGCAGGUGGGCGUCACUGGCGGCAUCUUGUACUUCCUGGGCACUGGAAUGCAGUUGUUCGCCACCUCCACGCUACACCUGAUCAUGGCCUUUAGCGUCGUUCAGGGAUUCGCCUUCGGGCUGAUGGUGCCCACCUGCUAUACGACAUUCAACCAUUAUUUUGUCAAGAACCGCGUGAUGUGGAUGAGCUUUGCCCAGACACUGAUUGGCUUGGGCUCCAUGCUAUAUCCGAUUGUCAUGCAGAAGUUGAUGUCAUGGUACGGCUUCCGCGGUUGCCUGCUCAUCCUCACGGGACUGAAUGCUCAUGCGGUGUUCGGGAUGCUGGUCAUGCACCCAGUGGAGUGGCACAUGCGUCGCGUGCCCAUCCAGCCCGAGGAGCAGGAGGAACUCAAGGAGUUGAGCCCAACGGUGGUGAUUAGAGUGCAGCCGGAAACACCGCUUAAGGCUACCAGAGAGGAGCCCAACUUUCAUACCGCUGAUCCAGGAGCGCGAAAGCUCUCCCACGCCGAGGAGCAAAUGCUGAAGGUUCUGUCCAGUCGGGCCUCGAGCAUCACCAGCCUGGGCAAUUGGUCCGGACCCGUGGUGGUCAGUGACGCCUCGCCCCAGAUGAUGCACAGCCUGCAGACCUCACGGCGUCCGAGCACGAUUGCCGGUGCAUCAGGUGCAGUAGCUCCAGCCCACGCUACCAAAAAGAGCUGGGUGCGCACCAUCGUCGACUUCCUCGAUCUCACGCUGCUGAAGAAGCCCAUUUUCGUUAACAUCGUGCUGGGCAUCACCUUUGCCCUCUACUCCGACAUCACCUUCUUCACCAUGCAGCCAGUCUACCUAUUUGAGCUGGGAUACAGCAGGCCCGACACGGCCACCAUUAUCGCCAUUGGAGCGGCCGCAGACUUGGCAUCUCGUAUUUUCCUGGCCAUCACCGCCGUGUGCAUCCAGGUUCCUUCGAGAUACAUUUAUUUGGCCGGAGCCGUUUUCACCGUCUUUGCGAGAUUCGCCUUCAACGGAAUCACACAGUUUGUGGGCAUGGCCUGCAUCACGGCGGUCAUUGGAUUUCUGCGCACCUGGCUCCACGUUCCACUGCCUCUGGUCUUUGCCGACUACUUGCCCAAGGAAAGGUUCGCCACUGGCUAUGGCCUUUUCAUGUUCAUCCAAGGCAAUGCCAUGUUCCUCAUCGGUCCCAUUGUUGGGUUUAUUCGGGACAAGACCAGGGAUUACAUUUUCGUCUUUCACAUCCUAAACGGCUUCAUGAUCCUGUGCGCCGCUCCUUGGGUCCUCGAAGUGCUGAUCGUCAAGUUUCGGAGGCGUAACAAAAUCGAACGCAACAACGUUGAUCACGAGGAUGUUGAUAACCAGGGACGUAGUGCAAUGGUCCAAUAAAAAAAACUCUACCACCCCCCCCCCCCCUUCCUUUUUUUUUAAC